AUGCCGCGCUUCUUCCUCGUCUCAGCCCGCCCCCGGCUCCUACCUCGCCCCGAGCGGACCCCCGUACCCGCCCCCGCCCCGCCGCCCCCGCCGCCCGCCGCCGGGGGCAGCCCCGCCGCCAGGCAGGGGGCGGAGGAGGAGGAGAGGAGGGAGGAGGAGGAGGAGGAGGAGGGCCGCGCCGCCUCCGCUUGCCCCGCGACGUGGCCCCCCGGCGGCGGCUGCGGCGGCCCCGGGCUCGCCCCGCCGGAGGGGCCGGCCGCCUGGGGGGCGGCCGGGCCCUGCAGCGCCGCGGGGCCGCGGGCGGCUCUCUUCGAGCGGUGCCUCAGCUCCCCCGCCUCCGCCGAGUCCUUCCCCCUGGCCGCCUCCUUCCCGCCCGCCGAGAAGCUGCUGCUGCAGCCCCGCACGCCGCUGCCCGCCCCGCCGCCGCCGCCGGUGCCCGCGCUGAAGCGGCCGUCGCGGGCCAAGGCGCCGGCCAAGAAGGCCAAGGCCACGCGGAAGCUCAGCUUCGCCGACGAGGUGACCACCUCGCCCGUGCUGGGGCUGCGCAUCAAGGAGGAGGGGCCCGAGGGCCGGCCGGGGCCGGGGCCGGGGCCGCCGGCGGGGCGCACGCCGCUGGGCGAGUUCAUCUGCCAGCUGUGCAAGGAGCAGUACGCGGACCCGCUGGCGCUGGCCCAGCACCGCUGCUCCCGCAUCGUGCGCGUCGAGUACCGCUGCCCCGAGUGCCACAAGAUCUUCAGCUGCCCCGCCAACCUGGCCUCGCACCGCCGCUGGCACAAGCCGCGGCCCGGCCCCAGCGCCGACGGCUCCGCCGCCGCCGCCGCCGCCGCCGCCGCCCCGCCGGGCAAGGAGAACAGCCCCGAGCGGCGGCCCCGCGGCCCCGCCGCCCCCCCCCCGCCGCCGCAGCCGCCGCCGCCGCCCCGUCAGCACCGCGGCGGCGCGGACAGCGCCGGCGGCGCCCCGGCCCCCCCCCCCGGCCCCGCUCCCGGCCCCGCGGGCGGCCCCGGCGGGGAGGCGUUCGCCUGCCCCUGCUGCCAGAAGCGGUUCCGGCGGCAGGCCUACCUCCGCAAGCACCUGGGCACCCACGGGGCGGCGCGGCCCGCCGCCUACGGCCCGCCGGAGCGCGGGCAGCUCGCCUUCGCCUGCCACCUCUGCGGCGCCCGCUUCCCCUCGGCGGACAUCAGGGACAAGCACCGGCUGUGGCACGCCGUGCGGGAGGAGCUGCUGCUGCCGCCGCCGGCCGGGCCCCCCGAGGGCGGCGCGGCGGGCGGCGAGCGGCCGGGCUUCCCCUGCAAGCACUGCCCCGCCACCUUCUUCAGCGCGCCCGGGCUGGCGCGGCACGCCAGCAAGUGCCACCCGCCGGAGAGCAGGCAGGUCCUGCUGCUCCAGGUGCCCGUCCGGCCGGGCUGCUAGGCCCGCGGCCGCCCCCGAUGGGAUUGCUCCGGGAGCCCGGGCGAGCCGAGCGAGUCCUGUCCACGCUGUAAUUCCUAUGGAAAGUCGCGGUACCCACGGCUACGCAGGCGGAGGAGCCUCCAGCGGACUCCCCCCGCCCCGCCCCGGCCCCCGCCGCCUCCCCGGCCGGUGGGUAGCGACGCUCGCCCCCGGCCCAGCACGGCGGAAGGUUCAGCCGACGGGCGGUACCGCCGCCGCCUCCGCGGGCCCGUGCCGAGCCCCGCGCG